AUGGUGAAGAAAUUCUCAGUUCAGACUGCGAUGGAACUGAUUCUAGAAGAGACAAAGGGUUUUGCUGGUGCAGCUGAGGAAGAUGUCACUGAGAAUGAAGAACAAAUUUGUGAAAAUUCAGGGUCAGAGAGUGAGUUUGAAGAGGAAGGAGACAGGAGGGUGAAGAUCAGCCAACAGAAACAGCUCAAGCUCUGUCAGAUGAACACCUCCUCACUGAAGAUACUGGUCCUCCUCACCGGCUUCUGCUUAGCCCUGGUGUUCAGUUAUCGAUCCUGGAUCCCGGCUAACCCUGACAUAAGAGAGGCCGGCAGCUCACUCAAGCCCUGGUUGGCUCCUGUGGCCCCGGGCCCCUGCCAGUGUCCGGCUGGCUCAGUCCAACUGAAAGAGAAAUUUCCAAAGGAUCAACUGGACCAAGUGUUUGAGCGAAGGAAACAAGAGUAUGAGAAGCACAAGAACAGGAGCUCAAGUGCAAUGUCCAGAGUGCUGCUGGCUCGGCCCAACUCUCCUCUGCAGUAUCCCAUCCAAGGAGUGAGUGUCCCCCCACUGAAGAGGCGCACAAUACCAGGUUUAGCACUGUAUGCAGGAGAGCAAAGCUACUAUAAGGUGACUGUGAGUGUGAGCCGAGGCAUCAUCAGUGUAACAGACAUCCCAGAGGUGACUGUUAGCGGUAACGGAACGGCCAAUCUCACUGUAGAGUCCAGCAGCAUGUUGGCCCUCAACACUGUCCUGGCCACAGUGUCCUACCAAAGCACUGUCUACCACGUCCACACUGCUGAUCUGGCCUCCUUUUCCUUUGAAAACCAUGAAGCCAUGUUUCCUAUAGUGAUCCGCCAGCCUCAGCUGCCAGUGCUGUUCGACAUGGGAACAGACAUCAGUUCUCAAGUCACCAUCACCGUCAAGACCUUCCUACGCUACAACAAACUCAAAGUUCUCCUAAGCAGCAUCCGGAGCUUCUACCCCACAGUGACAGUGGUCAUAGCUGAUGACAGCCUGGAGCCUGAGAAGAUCACUGGAGACAACAUCCAGCAGUACAUCAUGCCCCCAGCUCAGGGUUGGUUUGCUGGCAGAAACUUGGCCAUUUCUCAGGUCACCACCAAAUACUUCCUGUGGGUUGAUGACGACUUUGUGUUCAGCUCAGAAACAAAGAUCGAGAAGAUGGUAGAAAUCAUGGAGGCGGUUCCGCAGCUUGACGUGCUCGGGGGCUCAGUGGAUGGGAACCGUUUCCCCUUUGUCCUGGAUUAUGAAGAGGGGGACGAGAUGGAGGGCGGCUGUCUCUCGGCGCGCUUGAAUAAGGUCCUGCAGCCACUUCCUGGUUACCCACAAUGCUCUCUGGUCAGUGGAGUGGUCAACUUCUUCCUGGCUCGCACAGACUCGGCCCAGAAAGUGCGAUUCGACCCAGUGCUCAAGCGAGUGGCCCACCCAGAGUUCUUCAUGGAUGGUCUGGGUUCUCUGAUGGUGGCCUCAUGUCCAGGCUUGAAGAUCAAACACCAGUCUCGCUCCCAAACUGACCCAAACUACGGCAAAUACAGACACCCCAACAGAGACGGAGACAUGUUGUUCAAAUAUCACCUGUACUACUUUAAGCACAACCUCAAGUGUAUAAUGCGCUGGUGA